AUGGAUUGGUUCCUGACUAGAUUACUAUGGUACGGUGACCAGCGCAUCCACACCGGCGAGCGGCCCUACGUCUGUGCUGACUGCGGCAAGAGCUUCGGACAGAGCCAGCGGCUCAAGACGCACCGGCGCAUCCACACAGGAGAGAAGCCCUACCUCUGCAGUGACUGUGGCCGGGCCUUCAGCCAGGUCUCCAAUCUGUACACGCACUGGCGUACCCACACAGGUGAACGCCCCUACCCCUGCACCUACUGUGGCAAGAGCUUCAGCCUGAAGCACGACCUCACCAAGCACCAGCGGGUGCACACGGGAGAGCGUCCCUACCCCUGCACGGACUGUGACAAGAGCUUCAGCCAGAAGCAGGACCUCACCAAGCACCAGCGGGUGCACACGGGCGAGCGCCCUUACCCUUGCGCCCAGUGCGGCAAGAGCUUCAGCAACGUGUCCAACCUCCUUGCCCACCAACGGACCCACCUGGGGCAGCGGCUUCCAGCGGCCAGCCGGGCCCAGCCCGGCAAGGAAUGA